AUGGCAUCUAAUGCAGACUCCUGUGAUUCCUGUAAAGACAACUUUGUAGUCAACUCAAAAUACAUUGAAUGCAGUAUAUGUGAAGGCAGAUAUCAUACAGUUUGCGUUUCGGUGAAGGACUCUUGGUUGAAGCUCUUUUCUGAUUGGGUUAAUUUUUCAUGGAGUUGUGAUAAAUGUAUUUUAAAAUCCCAGUCACGUGAACAGCAACUGGCUUCUGAAAUUGCAGCAUUGAAAAAAGAGAUCGAAUUUUUAACACAUGAGAAGAACUUGAGCUCUAAGAUGAUAGAGCAACUAGAAUACACAAACAAUCUCCAAAAAUCAGUCAUUGAUUCGCAUCAGCAACAAGCAGCUCAUUCCACUAUGAAUUCAGUUAUGCUACCUUCGAGAUCAACUGCUUCCUCAACGCUAAGCUUUAGCGAUACAGUCAAAAAAAUACCGAACAGGUCUUCUGUCUUGCUAAUUAAGUCUGACAGUAACUCUGGCAAUAACGAUAUUCUGCGGGAUGUAACAACUUCAGUAAAUCCUGCUAAAAUUAAUGUUUGCAUUAAUAACACGCACAAAAUAAGAAAUGGAAUUGCAGUUCACUGUCAAGAUGAGAAAAAUGAACCUCUCGAAGAGCGUCAGCAACAUGAUGAAGAACCUAUAUCAGAUUAUGACGAUUCUGAUGCAGACCCAAAUUAUGAGCCGUCAGUAUCCCCUAGAAGGAAAAAAAUUAAAUUUUCGGACUUUGAUGACGUAUCGCUUGCGCCCCUCAAAAACAGGCAGCCUUUGAAAAAAGUCAACGAGAAUGUGAAUGCAAACUGCAGAGUUUCCCAAGAAAGGCCAGACAAGCAAGAAAAGCACCCCCUACUGCUAUCAUGCCAUAAUAAUUGCAGGCAGAGAUGUAGCUCAAAAGCAAUGAUGAGAAGUUUAGAGAAUUGA